CACCCCGGGCUCUCUGGUGUCGGUCCCUGCCGGGAGCGUGAAGCUGUUUUCCGUCAGGCUUGUUUGUCGCUUCCGUUUGGUCGGGUAGUGAGUAUGCGGAACUCCUUGCAGACCGAUGAUGAUGAUGAUGAUGAUGAUGAAGGGGAUGUUGUGAAGGCAGGUUGUAACUGACCGAGCCUCCCGUUCACCAGGCGUAGAGGCGGAUACACACACACACACACACACACACACACACACACACACACACACACCUCGCAUCGUUUGUAACGCUGCCAGCCAGUUAGACGGCGCCGCUAGCCUCUCAGCAGACCUCUCCCUGUCCGACUUUUUUCCAAUGAUAAACCAUCUAAACGACACAAGGCUGAAUUCAGACACACACCGCUGCUUCUCUCCCUCCGUGACCGAGGAGGGCACCCACCACCCGGGCCGUCACCAUCACCAUCAGCCGCAGCAGGAGCCGCAGCAGCAGCAGCUGGCUUCACGGCGAGCGUUAGCGGCUAACCGGCUAAUACGAGCAGGUCGAACGAAGUCUUUUACUUUUGAACCGUCAAUAAUGAUAACCAAGGCGCUGCGUUUCAACUUCACACUUCGACUUUCCCAGCUGUGAUGGAAAGGCGCCGCUGACUGAAGAACAUAUAUCCUGGAUGACAUACAGGACGUGGUCAAUCCAAGAUGGAGAAAAAGAAAAUGUGCCCCCGCCUUCUUGACUACCUGGUAGUAGUUGGAGCAAGGCAACCAAGUAGUGACAGUGUGGCCCAGACGCCUCAGCUGCUCCGCCGCUACCCGCUGGAGGAUCACCACGACUUCCCGCUCCCACCGGACGUGGUGUUUUUCUGCCAACCAGAGGGCUGCCUGAGUAUACGCCAGCGCAGGGUUAGCCUCCGUGACGACUCCUCAUUCGUUUUCACGCUGACCGACAAGGACUCAGGAAUCACCCGCUACGGAAUCUGCGUCAACUUCUACCGCUCUUUCCAGCGAGGUCAUCACCGCACUCGUGGGGACAAGAACAGUCACACAGAGUCGGCGGGACAGGCGGCGGACACCGCGAGCGAAGGGUCCGACGGCAGCGGCGGAGGCCCGGCCUCCACGUUACCUCCACCCAGCAAUGCCGAGUCAGCACCUCCGCCUGCCUCGGGAGAAGAGAGCGGAAAGCCGGGCGCCGAGCUGAAUGCCGGCAAAUCCCCUCAGCACAGACGGAGCGCUGCCAAGAUGGCGGCCAGGAACCGCAACAGCACGCUGACCUCGCUGUGCAUACUCAGCCACUACCCGUUUUUCUCCACCUUCAGGGAAUGCCUGUAUAUUCUCAAGAGGCUGGUGGACUGUUGCAGUCAGAGGCUAACGCAGCGGGCCGGGCUCCCUCGCGCCACCCAGAGGGACACCAUGUGGCGCGUGUUCACCGGGGCGCUGUCGGUGGAGGAGAAAGGCAGCCAGCUGCUGGCCGACCUGCGUGAGAUUGAAUCCUGGGUGUACCGGCUGCUGCGCUCACCCGUACCACUGGCCGGUCAGAGACGCGUGGAUGUGGAAGUGUUGCCCCACGAACUCAAACGGUCACUCACCUUCGCGCUGCCUGACAACUCCCGCUUCUCCAUGGUCGACUUCCCCCUGCACCUGCCCCUGGAGCUGCUGGGCGUGGACGCCUGUCUGCAGGUCCUCAGCUGCGUCCUGCUGGAGCACAAGGUCAUUCUUCAGUCCAGAGAUUACAACGCCUUGUCCAUGAGCGUCAUGGCGUUCGUGGCCAUGAUCUACCCUCUGGAGUACAUGUUCCCCGUCAUCCCUUUACUGCCAACAUGCAUGGCCUCGGCUGAGCAGCUCCUUCUCGCCCCCACUCCCUACAUCAUAGGUGUUCCAGCCAGUUUCUUUCUCUACAAAUCUGAUUUCAAAAUGCCAGACGACUUGUGGCUUGUGGACCUUGACAGCAGCAAGGUUAUAGCACCCACCAAUGCAGAGCUGCUGCCACCUCUUCCAGAGCCUGAAGCAGGCGAGCUUAAGAAACAUCUGAAACAGUGUCUGGUUAGGUUGACCGUGAUCACCCAAAAGCAGAUCUUCUCCUCUGAAAAUAAGGCGUUGGCCAGCAUGAGCUUGAACACCCAACCCAUUCUGAACCUGGAGAAGUUCCAGGAAGGUCAGGAGAUGCCUCUGCUCCCGCCCGGACGAGACAAAGCUUCGCCGUCCUCCACGGAGUUCAACCCCCUCAUUUACGGCAACGACGUAGAUUCGGUGGAUGUGGCCACCAGGGUUGCCAUGGUGCGGUUCUUCAACUCGCCGAAUGUUCUUCAGGGGUUCCAGAUGCACACUCGCACCUUGCGCCUCUUCCCCCGGCCAGUGGUGGCUUUUCAGUCGACGUCCUUUCUCGCCUCUCGGCCGCGGCGCUCCGGCUUUGCAGAUAAACUUUCUCACACCCAGGCGGUGGAGUUCUACGGGGAGUGGGCUCUCAAUCCCACCAACCUCGCCUUUCAGAGGAUACAUAACAAUGUGUUUGACCCCUCCUUAAUCGGAGACAAGCCCAAGUGGUACGCACACCAGCUCCAGCCAGUGGUUUACCGAGUGUAUGAUGGAAGCUCCCAGCUGGUUGAAGCUAUGGCCGGUCCCUUGGAGGAUGAGGGCAACGAAUCUGACCCCACAGACAGUGGCAGCGACAGCGAGGCGUACGACGACUCCAGCUCUUCCUACUCCUCCCUCGGAGACCUCGUCAGCGAGAUGAUCCAAGGUGACAUCCAGGGAGACACGCCGAGCUUGGACCCUCCGACCCACGCUGCGCUGGGAGACGCUAGCGAGGUUGAGUUUCAAGACUUCCACGACUUCAGGGAAGGUCAUGGCUCCGAGGGUCCGCCCAGUGGGGAAGGACCCGCCGAGCCCUCCGAUGGACAACCCCUUCGCUCGAGCUCCAGCACGACCGCGAGCUCAAGUCCCAGUACAAUCAUCCAGGGUGUCAACAAUGAGCCUGGGGAAGCACCUGAAAUUGAAGCAUCAGCAAGUGCUGCUUUACAGAACCCGGUCCCCGGACUGGGCAGUCAGCCAUUCCUCAGGCCCACAGCUGAUGCCGGCCUGGUGGACCCAGCCAACAAAAAACAGGAGUAUGACAACCCAUACUUUGAGCCUCAGUAUGGCUUCCCCUCAGAGGAUGACCCUGAUGCAGAGGAGCAAGUGGAGUCAUACACCCCUCGAUUCAACCAGAACCUCAAUGGCAACAAGGUACAGCGUCCGUUACGUCCCAGUAGCCUGAGGCUCCCGGGAGAGUCUGAUGGGGAGGGAGACUCCCGCAACAGCUCGCCAAACUCCACCAUCUCCAACAGCAGCAAUGAUGGAUUCGGAGGACUCAUGUCCUUCGCCAGCAACCUUUACAAGAACCACGGCACCAGUUUCAGCCUGUCCAACCUCGCCCUCCCCAACAAGGCGGCGAGGGAGAAGUCGACACCUUUCCCCAGCCUGAAAGUAUUUGGGCUAAAUUCUCUAAUGGAGAUUAUUACUGAGGCCGGCCCGGGGAGCGGAGAAGGCGCACGAGCACCGCGAGCGCUUGUGGACCAGAAGUCGUCGGUGAUCAAGCACAGUCCGACGGUGAAGAGAGAAUCUCCCUCUCCUCAGGGUCGAGUCAACAACACAAGUGAGAAUCAGCAGUUCUUGAAGGAGGUGGUGCAGAGUGUUCUGGACGGUCAGGGGGUCGGCUGGCUCAACAUGAAGAAGGUUCGCCGCCUGCUGGAGAACGAGCAGCUUCGUGUCUUCGUGCUGAGUAAGCUGAACAGAGCCAUCCAGUCGGAGGAGGACGCCCGGCAGGAGAUCAUACGUGACGUGGAGGUGAGCAGGAAGGUGUACAAAGGAAUGCUGGACAUCUUGAAGUGCACGGUUUCCAGUCUGGAGCACUCGUACACCAACGCAGGCCUCGGAGGGAUGGCCAGUGUCUUCAGCUUGUUGGAAAUAGCGCGCACGCACUAUCAGACCAAAGACCCAGAAAAACGCAAGCGAAGCCCCACAGACAGUGCUGGCAGCCCAGGGAGUAAAGAGAGUCCUUCUGGUCGUAUGGAGACCGCCAGACCUCAGGGCCUCCUGAAUAUCCCCCACCUGCAGCUGCCGCACCACACAACGGGCAAAGGAGCCCGCCAUUUUGAUACCCGGAGUCUGAACGAGGAGAACUUUAUUGCCUCGAUUGAAUUGUGGAGCAAGCACCAGGAUAAGCAAAAAGCUAUGGAAAAACCACAGAGGUCCGAGGGAGCGAAGCAGCAGCGCCCCCAGGUGACCGAUGCAGAGGAGAAGAAGUCACAGAUCAGUGCUGACAGUGGCCUCAGCGUCACAUCUGGAUCUCAGAAGAGCGACACAGAGUCCGUCACGAGCUCGGAGCCACCGAUCCUGACGAGAAGCACCAGCCAGGACUCGGAGGCCAGCACAAUCAGCAACAGCUCUGGAGAAACUCUGGGAGCCGACAGCGACCUGAGCAGCACAGCUGGAGACGGCCUCGGCGGGAGAACCGCCGCUCAUCUCAAUCAGUCCAGAGGAACUCUGUCCGACAGCGAGAUUGAAACCAACCCAGCCACCAGCUCAGUGUUUGGAAAGACCCACACUCUGAAACCAGGUGUGAAAGAUCACGUACCUGCCAUGGCCAGGGGGCCGCCAGCGCAGCCCAUGGAGGACAUCAGCAUGAGGAUUUACCUUUGCGAAGGCCUGCUGGGCCGCGAUAAGAGCUCCGUUUGGGAUCAACUAGAGGAUGCUGCCAUGGAAACCUUUUCUCUAAGUAAGGAGCGCUCCACUCUGUGGGACCAGGUGCAGUUCUGGGAGGACGCCUACUUAGAUGCCGUGAUGUUGGAGCGCGAGGGCAUGGGGAUGGACCAGGGACCCCAGGAGAUGAUCGAAAGAUACCUGUCGCUCGGAGAUCACGACCGGAAGCGUCUGGAGGACGAUGAAGACCGACUCCUGGCCACCCUGCUGCACAAUAUGAUCGCAUACAUGCUAAUGAUAAAAGUGAACAAAAAUGACAUCAGGAAGAAAGUGAGGCGUUUGAUGGGGAAGUCCCACAUCGGCCUCACAUACAGCCAAGAGAUCAACGAGAUACUGGACAAACUGGCUAACAUGAACGGCCGUGAGCUGUCCAUCAGGCCCAGCGGAAGCCGCCACAUCAAGAAGCAAACCUUUGUUGUUCACGCCGGCACCGACACCACGGGAGACAUCUUUUUCAUGGAGGUCUGUGACGACUGCAUCGUCCUGCGCAGCAACAUCGGCACAGUUUACGAGCGCUGGUGGUACGAGAAGCUCAUCAACAUGACGUACUGCCCCAAGACCAAGGUCCUGUGUCUCUGGAGACGCAACGGCCAAGAGACGCAGCUCAACAAGUUCUAUACCAAAAAGUGUCGUGAACUGUACUACUGUGUUAAAGACAGUAUGGAAAGAGCUGCAGCGAGACAGCAGAGCAUUAAACCAGGGCCGGAGCUGGGCGGAGAGUUUCCCGUCCAGGACAUGAAAACCGGCGAAGGUGGACUGCUGCAGGUCACGCUGGAAGGAAUCAACCUUAAAUUCAUGCACAGCCAGGUUUUCAUAGAGCUGAGUCACAUUAAAAAGUGCAAUACAGUGAAGGGAGUCUUUGUCCUGGAGGAAUUUGUUCCUGAAACUAAAGAAGUGGUGAUCCACAAGUACAAGACCCCCAUGGCACAUCAGAUCUGUUACUCCGUCCUCUGCCUUUUCUCCUACGUGGCGGCGGUGAAGGGGAAGGAGGCGGAAGGAAAACCCAAGAUCCUGUCACCGAGGCCUCUUCCUAGCUAGUCUACACUCCUACAGCCCCCCCCCCCCUGGCGUGCCUCUCUACUUGAAAUGGUGUCUCAGCUCUAAAACCACAGACUUCUGACAAUCCCUACCUUUAUUCUAAGCACACAACCCCCCCUCCCCCCCCCCUCCCCUCCCCUCCUGUACAUACAAGCCUAAGACCCCUUUUAGAUCUUACUGUGUUAGACGUGUUUGGUCUGUGAUGUCGUGUAAAUACCCCCCCCCCCCCCCCCCCCCCCCGCCGCUGUCGUCCUGAUGAUCAUACCGACUAGCUAAAUGUUUUUUCCCGCUCCUUCAGCCCAGCUGCGUGAAAGUCUUCUGCCGAGACCCAAACUGUUUUCACAGACAGGACAUGUGAGGGACACCCCCGAGGCACAGAGUGCAUGCUGGUCCCGUGCACAGCCUUGAUAUUCACUACAGAAUAGCUUACCCACCCCCUCCCCCUCCCCCUCCCCCUCCCCCUCCCGUCUCCGUGAGUUAUCCUGUGAUUAUGUGGUUACUGUAACAGUCCAGUCUGUCCAGUUGAAACUGGUGUAAAAAAAACCAACAGCCCCUCUCGUAGUGCAGGACGUCCCACACUGAAACGCUCCUGUGCAGCAGAGCACCGCAUGUAAACGCUUCUUCAAGGUGUUUGAACCCGAAAAUAAUGUGAGUGUUCUCAGACGUGUUCUCUUGCCCUCGCUCCUGUUCUAGUUCUACUGUAACAUUUCUCGUCUGUGGUCCGCUGUUAUCAACUGCAUGUUCCUGUGAGGAUGACGAAUAAAUAUUAUAUAUAUAUUUCUAUAUAUAGUAUUUAUUUAAUAUAUACAUAUAUUGACUGUACAUUUCUCUGAAAAAGUGUUACAUAUUGUUUAUUUGCUAGAUGUGCAAUACUUAAUGAGUAGUUAGCCAUUGCCAGAGCCGAGGUUUUCUUGAGUUCACUGGCUUUUCACAGAGUGAAGAAUGUAAGAAAGAAUUUUGUUUUUUGUUUUGUUUUUUAUAAGUACAUAUUGAUUGAUGUGAAUAUGAUGACUCAGUGCGACAUGACUGUUUUAAAGUUUGUCUUUCGCAGGUAAAUCAACUCCCAAUUCACAUGUGGGGGGAAAAUAAAUAAGUCUGCCGCUCUCUCCCUAUGGAUGUAAACUUUAUGGAGCAUUUUGCACUCAGGCCACACCCCCAAUCAGUGAUGUCACAGCAGGUGGUGGCGUUGUUGAGGUAAACAUUUGUCAUCUUCUCACGGGUUUUAAGUGUCGUCACCUUUUUUGCAUUUAAUAGCGGCGCUCGUGUGCGAUGUGUGACCACGGGAGCUGCCGUCGUAUUUCCUUCAAGAGGUCGUUAAUGUUUUUCAGUCUUUAAAACGAAUCUCACAUUUUAUACUGAAGUUGUACAUUAGUUGACCUGUAGAUGGAAGUUUUAAAAAUGAACUUGUGCUACAUUCAUGUGACAUUGUUUUUGCCAUAAUUACGAGCAGCCAAGUUGGAGAUCAUCACGAUAGACAACUACAAAAUAAAAUCAAUAUUAACACAAAGUCAAUGAAUUUAAAAUGAGCUAUAAACUGUUUUAUCUGGUUUCAGAAACAAAUCAAAAAGCAGCAACCAGAUAUUUGAAGCCUCUUUACCUUUUUCUAAAUUAUUUUAAAGACUGAAUAACAAACGUGUAACUACAUCGACUCCUGUGGUCACACUAACGAUUCUUUUCAUUAUCAAUUCAUCCUUUACUCAGAAAAUGGUUUUAAAUCCUCUUUAUAGUUUCUCAGUUUAAGUCAAAAACUAAACUAAAUUUAAAAAAGCAAAGAAAAUAAAAGUAAAUAUUCACAUCUGAGAAACGGAAACAAUUUUUUCUCUAAAAAUUAAACGAUUAACACGUUCCUCUAAGCAGCCGAAGACAAACACCUGCUUUCACGUCACCGAUCGGGGUUCAACAAAAGUAAAAAGUCAGCGGCAGCAGUUUUCCACCUUGUGAUUGAUUGUUGAUUUGCCGUUCAGAUGUGUUGAUUACCUGCAGCUGAGGUCCUCUGCUCCCAGCGGAGAACGCCAAGUCUUAAUGUUGUACUGUUGAAUCUGGCCCCAUUAACUUUCACAGCAGUGAGUGUGUGUUUGUUUGAUUGUGUGUGUGUGUGUUCGCGUUCAUGUGGUGAACAGUUUCUCCAGAUCAGCAAUAUAUCGGUACAGCUAUAUCACUGGAAGAUGUUUUAUUUUGAUUUUGACAUGCUUGUAUUUUUAGUAACUUCUCUGCGCUAAGGAAAAAUAAUCAGAAGAUGUUUCAUUCACGAGUCACAUCUGAAGCUUCUCCGAAAUUCAGUUUGGGAACGGGACACAGCUCUUUCUGCUCAAGUUAAACGGACAUUUCUUUUUUCUUUUUUUAAAACUGGAUUAUUACAACUCAUCUCUUGUCAUUGUACUAGCCAGCUGCUGUAAUGAGAAGGAAAAAAAAAAAAGAAAUGAGAUGCCAGGUGUAAGUAUUCCAGUAUUUGAAAAGGUAUUUAUAGAAUAUGUACAGCUUUGGCAAUAUAAUAAAGUUGUCCCAAAUGAA